AGAGGUGACUGUUCCGCAUUAAGAAAAUAUAUAAAUAGCGUUGUUAAAUAGAAUCGUCUUGUAAAUAGAAAAUCAGAAUAGAUCAACAGUCGCGAUUGUAAAGUUAAGCGCAAACAAAUUUCUCGUAAAUUGGUGCAUUGUAUGUAUUUAUAAUGUGUUAAGAAGGCAUCAUUAUUACAACGAUGUAAUAUAAUGUGAUAUUAGAGAUUUCAAUAUAUUGAAUAUUAUAUUUAACAGUGUGUUUGUGUUUGUAUACGUGUAAGAAGAGAGUUAUCAAACUUUGACAGAUCAAUUAAAGAUCUGUAUUUAUAAAAAAUAAAGGAAAUUCACAGUUUUUUAUUUUGCAAAAUGAUAAGUAAAUUUAUCUUUGUUUGGUGCCUUUUACAUCUCGAAGCUCACGUUGGAUAUUCAUCACAAUAUUCCGAAAAAUCACCUGACAAUACUCGGUGUAUUCUUGAUGUCUCUCAGAAGAUUUAUAACGUAACAGAUUUAUUACGAUGCAUGAAUCAAUUUGCAAUGAAUCUUUCGAUUCAAAAUAAUGAUCGAUUAUUAAAGCAAACGAGUCGAUCAGACUCGUUAGCUUACAGAGAAACUCCAUAUAAAUUUCCUUAUGGAAAUAUCAUUUUAAAUCUACUUAAUAAUGAAGUGCCAUCGAUAAAUCAAGAUUUUCCGUUGGAUCCUACUACCAGUAAUUAUCAAUUAAAUUAUCCAAGUGUACCAAAUGAAUCUUUCAACCAGUUUGGCGGGCUUGGAAUAAAUCUUUUUAAUGCUCUGUCAUCAAUCUCCCGCUACGACGAUCUAAAGUGCGUGUCCAGAAUACUCUGCGAAGUAGCAAGUGGAAAGCCACCGGGAAGAUAUAAACAGGCAUCGACGGGAAAUGAUAAACAUUAUUUGGGGGAAUUUGGACGAAAUGUUUUCUCUCAUUGGCUCGUAGGAACGGAAGCGUCUCCCAUAUUGAGUUUCGCUCGAGCUGCCGUGCUGGGCUACAGCAGCAAUGGAAAUCCGGCUAUGUGUUACCGCGCGUUUCCUAGAUGUCCGCGUAAUCCCGACAAACUGGUGCAUUAUCUAAACAAUCACAAUGGCGGAUUUUUCCGCUUCUUCAGCAGAAGCGAAUACGGCAGUUUACCUCAAUCGUCUUACGUUUCACGAGGUAAGCUGGACUUCCUUGGUGAAAAAAGACAAAAAGGCUUGCCCCCGGGGAUUGCCGGAGCGGAGGCCGAUCGCACCGGAACAGGCAAAUUAAAGUUCGGCAGUACCGUUUUGACUGCUCAUGACUAUGGAAAAAACUUCUUCUCAAAGGAUAAUACGCUGGAGAGCACAGGACGAGUGGUGUUCUCGAAACACGAGGAGUCUUUCGGAGACGAAAACGAUCGUUUAUUGGAAAACAAGUUUUCUGAAUUCUUGUCACACUUACAAAGCUCUGAUGCGAACACGUUUUCGCAAGAUCCUAUUCCGUUCUUUCCUCAGGAAUCAGAGGAGCAAGGUGUCCGUGUAUUCCGUUUUACUCCUGAAAUUCUAGUCUCGAAACCCCGCAGUGCGUUCCGUUUUCCGCAUUAAUAAUUGAUCCUUUUUUGGAUAAAA